UGUGGACGAGAGACACGCAGAGCUCAGAAUGGACCUUUUCAGCCUGAGAGCUCCUCUAAUGAUUCUCACAGCAAUUAGUUGCUGCUCCUGCUCUCCUCUACUGCCCUUGAAAAUAAGCGGUGUGGAGGGAAAAUAUGCCACAUUCCCCUUAACAGUUCCAGCCUCAUUCCAACCCAACGCGGUAAAGUUUUCUUUUGUGAGCAGUGCUGGUGAAUCAAUUGCCGUGUACGAUCGCGUUGCUGAAAAGGUAACAGUCCCCCCCGCGUACAACGGUCGAGUUGUCUACAACCAGACCACCUAUGAGUUCCAGCUCGGACCGCUAAAUCCUGCGGACGCUGGGCAAUAUUCAGUUGUCCUAGUGGACGCAGGCUUUAAUUUAAAUCAGGGGCAAACUACACUGGAGGUGCUGGAGCCUGUGGCAGAUGUGACAAUCUUCUCCAGCCUCCCUGAAGCUGUGGAAUUCAAUAGCACUGUGAUCCUGACCUGUUCUGCCAAAGGCUCUUUCGUCUCUUACAAGUGGCAGAAUGGUUCAGCCCCUGUGGUUGUGGACGGAAAGCACUUGGUGCUGAACGGUAGCCAGCUAACCGUUACCGAAGUGUUGCGCACAGACUUGCAUGGUCCAAUUUACUGCGUCGCUGAGAAUCAACUGGAGUCGGUGAUGAGCGCUCCCUUUACCCUGAGCGUUAGCUAUGGUCCUGAGAGCAUUGCUUUGAACAAAGUGCCUGAUGAUGUAGUCCUGAAGGAAGGCUCCAAUCUUACGCUGUUAUGCUCGGCCAUCUCCAGCCCUGCAGCUGAGCUUAAGUGGCUUUUUGAUGGUGAUGAGCUUCCCCAGAAAGGCAGUAGGCUAGUCCUCACAAACCUUGGAAAGAAUCAGAGUGGUAAAUACAGUUGUGUUGCUUAUAACAGCAAGACCAAGCGCUUUGCUGUUUCGCAGGUUGCCACAGUAUCUGUUGUAGGUAGUGUAAACCUGUACUGUGCCCAAAAUGUUUACGUUGUCGAUAAAGUGUAAUAAUUAAAGGCCAGGGAGCAUUAUUCGAAUGGUCAUGUGUGAUAAGAUUAUGGAUAUUUUUGUGCUUUUGACAUGCUACAGCAAACAAAAAAACCAGAGGUGGCAGAGAUACGCAAGUCCCCUACCUAAGUAAAAGUACUAGUAAUCUAGUACAUAAAUACUCAAGUAAAAGUUGAAGAAUGACCUAGAUUUUUUACUCAAGUAGAAGUACAUGCUCAUAAAUAUACUUAAAGUUAAUGCAAGAACUGCAGGAAUCAUCCACAAGAAUGCACUUGUGUAGAGCACCCAAACACUUUCACAUGUUUGAUUUUCUUUACAAGAAUUUAAGAUGGACAUUGAUG